GAAAUUCCCUUUCUUUCUACAAAGUAUCUUCCUUUUUUAGGGCACUUUCAAACGAAGAUGAGUGGCCGUAAAUCGUGAUCAUCAGUCUCUGUUAGCUGUAGCCGCAAAAACAAGAUCUUUAUCAGAAGCUUCUGACUGGGUGGGCAUGGGGAGAACCGGAAUCCAGUUGUUCGACGAUUCGAGGAAUGGGUUUUUCUCCGUUUCCGAUUUAGGAUUCGAUUCGAGCCUAAACAGCUCUAAUUACCACCCAAUUGGUGGGUUAUUCGCCAGCGUUAAUCAAACUACUCCAUUCGCAUCCCUCUCGUCUCCGGAUCCUUCCCAAAGAGGCAACAACAGCUUCUCUGCCCAGCUCAAUGAUCUCUACACUAAGUAUAUGCCGGGAAAAGAGGAGGAGGGAGACGAAGUUAAUGGCGAGAAGAGGAAGAAGAAGAAAGAUGGGCUCAAACUGAAGGUAAAGAUUGCUAAUCCUUCAUUGCGGCGGCUAUUAAGCGGAGCUGUAGCUGGAGCAGUGUCAAGAACGGCUGUUGCGCCGUUGGAGACAAUCAGGACGCAUCUAAUGGUAGGAAGUGGAGGAAACUCCAGCACUGAAGUUUUUGGUGAUAUCAUGAAGCAUGAAGGUUGGACUGGUCUCUUCAGGGGUAAUUUGGUCAAUGUCAUUCGUGUCGCACCUGCUCGAGCUGUCGAGCUUUUUGUAUUCGAGACAGUAAACAAGAAAUUGUCACCACAACAUGGAGAGGAAUCGAAAAUCCCAAUUCCAGCUUCAUUACUCGCUGGUGCCUGUGCUGGAGUUAGCCAGACCCUAUUGACAUACCCUCUUGAACUAGUCAAGACUCGCCUUACAAUUCAGAGAGGUGUUUACAAAGGGAUUUUCGAUGCGUUUCUCAAAAUUAUUCGCGAGGAAGGACCCACAGAACUCUACAGGGGUCUUGCUCCUAGCCUUAUUGGAGUUGUUCCAUACGCAGCUACAAAUUACUUUGCAUACGAUUCUUUGAGAAAAGCAUACCGGAGUUUUUCAAAGCAGGAGAAGAUUGGUAACAUUGAGACUCUUUUGAUAGGUUCUUUAGCGGGUGCACUAUCAAGCACCGCGACUUUCCCUCUUGAAGUGGCCCGGAAGCAUAUGCAAGUGGGAGCGGUUAGCGGGAGAGUUGUGUACAAGAACAUGUUGCAUGCUCUGGUGACCAUACUUGAGCGUGAAGGUAUUCUCGGUUGGUACAAAGGGCUUGGACCGAGUUGCUUGAAGUUGGUUCCGGCUGCUGGAAUCUCCUUCAUGUGUUAUGAGGCUUGCAAGAAGAUACUCAUCGAGAACAACCAAGAAGCCUGAUUUUGGAAUUGUAUGGACUCAAGGCAAUUUUAAGGGUUAAUCAAAGAAACACAUUGUGGAUACUAAUUGGGUUCAUAGUUCUGACUUUUUACGCCACUUGAGAUUUCACAAAUUAGUGUUGAGGGGAUUAAAAGAUUCAUUCUACC